CGGCAGGAUUGGCCGGCUGGCGGGGAAGGGGCGCGUCAGUUCUGGAAGGUUCUGAUGGGGGUAUAUAAAGCGUGUGUGGGGCCGGCAGCCGGUCUCAUUCAGCACCGCAGCGCCAGCAUCACCAGUUUUCCCUUUGCCACCUCGCGCUGAACAGGCAAAAUGUCUAAGGGACCAGCAGUUGGAAUUGAUCUUGGCACCACAUAUUCCUGUGUUGGUGUCUUCCAACAUGGCAAGGUGGAAAUCAUUGCCAAUGAUCAGGGUAACAGAACCACACCAAGUUAUGUUGCCUUCACAGACACAGAGAGGUUGAUCGGCGAUGCUGCAAAGAACCAAGUUGCAAUGAAUCCUACUAACACAGUCUUUGAUGCAAAGCGGCUGAUUGGUCGUAGAUUUGAUGAUGCUGUUGUCCAGUCUGACAUGAAACAUUGGCCUUUCACUGUGGUGAAUGAUGCUGGCAGGCCAAAAGUCCAGGUUGAGUACAAAGGAGAGACCAAAAGCUUCUACCCAGAGGAAAUAUCUUCCAUGGUAUUGACCAAGAUGAAGGAGAUUGCAGAAGCAUACCUUGGGAAGACUGUUACUAAUGCUGUGGUCACGGUACCGGCCUACUUCAAUGACUCCCAGCGCCAGGCCACAAAAGAUGCUGGAACCAUUGCAGGUCUCAAUGUGCUCCGGAUCAUCAAUGAACCAACAGCUGCUGCUAUUGCUUAUGGUUUGGACAAGAAGGUUGGAGCUGAAAGGAAUGUCCUUAUCUUUGACCUUGGUGGUGGCACUUUUGAUGUUUCAAUCCUCACUAUUGAGGAUGGUAUCUUUGAAGUAAAGUCAACUGCAGGUGAUACCCACUUGGGUGGGGAGGACUUUGAUAACCGUAUGGUCAACCAUUUCAUUGCUGAAUUCAAGCGUAAGCACAAGAAGGAUAUUACUGAGAACAAGAGAGCAGUUCGCCGUCUCCGCACAGCUUGUGAACGUGCAAAGCGUACCCUCUCCUCUAGCACUCAGGCCAGUAUUGAGAUAGACUCUCUCUAUGAGGGCAUUGAUUUUUACACCUCAAUUACCAGAGCUCGUUUUGAAGAGUUAAAUGCUGAUCUGUUCCGUGGCACCCUGGAUCCUGUGGAGAAGGCCCUGCGGGAUGCCAAACUAGACAAAUCACAGAUCCAUGAUAUUGUACUGGUUGGUGGGUCCACCCGAAUCCCCAAGAUUCAGAAACUGCUGCAGGAUUUCUUCAAUGGCAAAGAGUUGAAUAAGAGCAUCAAUCCUGAUGAAGCUGUGGCUUAUGGUGCAGCUGUUCAGGCUGCCAUCUUGUCUGGGGACAAGUCUGAGAAUGUACAAGACCUGCUGCUGUUGGAUGUCACUCCUCUAUCUCUUGGUAUUGAAACAGCUGGAGGUGUCAUGACAGUACUGAUCAAGCGAAACACUACAAUCCCCACCAAGCAGACUCAGACAUUCACCACUUACUCUGACAACCAGCCUGGUGUACUUAUUCAGGUCUACGAAGGGGAGAGAGCCAUGACAAAAGACAACAACUUGCUGGGCAAGUUUGAACUGACUGGCAUUCCUCCAGCUCCAAGGGGUGUACCUCAGAUUGAAGUAACGUUUGAUAUUGAUGCCAAUGGCAUCCUUAAUGUGUCUGCUGUGGACAAGAGCACUGGCAAGGAGAACAAGAUCACAAUUACCAAUGACAAAGGUCGCUUAAGCAAGGAAGACAUUGAACGCAUGGUCCAGGAAGCAGAGAAAUACAAAGCAGAAGAUGAGAAACAGCGUGAUAAGGUGUCUUCUAAGAAUUCUCUAGAAUCCUAUGCUUUCAAUAUGAAGGCCACUGUUGAAGAUGAGAAGCUCCAGGGCAAGAUCAGUGAUGAGGACAAACAGAAAAUCCUGGACAAAUGCAAUGAAAUUAUCAACUGGCUGGACAAGAAUCAGACUGCUGAGAAAGAAGAGUUUGAACAUCAACAGAAGGAGCUGGAGAAGGUUUGCAACCCCAUCAUCACCAAGCUGUACCAAAGUGCAGGAGGAAUGCCUGGUGGCAUGCCUGGUGGAUUCCCUGGUGGUGGAGCUGCCCCAUCUGGGGGGGCCUCAUCUGGACCAACCAUUGAGGAGGUGGAUUAAAUGCACUGGAAGCAGCAUUCCGCAGCUGGAUAUUGCUUAGAAUUGAAGGACUCAAGGCUGGGUGCAGUGGCAGUCUAAAAAAAAAUACCAUAUUUGAGCUGCUGUAUAAAUUGUUUCUGGGCAUUCUAAAUACUUGAACAUGUGCACAGGAGCCGGAAGGUGAACACCAUUGCACUUUAUCAGUACUGUAAACAAGUGCAAAUGCAAUUCAUGUCCUAAGGAAUAAAACUUAUUUAAUUGGCA